AGUGGUGGAUAGAAGAUUGAUAUGGUGUGAUCUGCUUCCAAUGGGAAGAGUGAGGCAAAAAGUUUCCAUUUUCCCUGAAAAAUCGUUCUUUCUUCCUACAAAUUGUUAAGUGCGUGGCACGGCUAGCAACUCGUAGCACGAUCUGCUGUUUACUGUGAGACACUGCAGGAGAUUCCAGAUGAACUUCCGGUUCCCUCAAGUAUAGCACCGAAUCACAAAGAAGGCAGAGGACAGUAGGUAGUGCUGUAGAAUCGAAGAGGGAAGGGUUGCAGCGUGAAAAAAGAAGACAGAAAGUGGGUGCGGCGGCGGUGGUGGCGGUGGCGGUUUGUGCUGUGCGAACGAAGGGACGGCUGUUCAAGAAGCAAAAGUUGUUUUCUUUCUCUGUGCCCUGUGUGUAGCAAUUUUUCCCGUACCUAUUCCUUCUUGGUACAUUUGGUACUAUUUUUUCGUGGUGGUUCUCCGAUUCAUUUUUUUACCUUUACCUCGAACAAACACGUUCCCGAGGCGUAAAGUUGCACUGCUGGAAGUGGAACAUGUUCCGAUCUGGAAGCGCUAGCAGGCAAGGAUCUGGUUGUUCCGGAAAGUGAUGGUGUUGAUGAUGACCAGCUGUGCAGGAUCGAUAAACGUCGGGAGGAACCCAGCAACAGCAGCAGCAACAGAAAAAAAUAGUGGAAAAGUAUGAUAAUACGAGUCGAGCGUAGAAGAGCGAAACGACGACGACGAAGACAACCCAACGUUAGCGAUUCGGGAGGAUUUUUCGGAGAAACAACGGCGACGGGUAACGGGUAAGGUUCUGGUGGGACAGAGAGGAGACGAGUAGUGCCAGCAGCAGAGGAGUGGUUAGGAUAUUUACGCGAGAAGGCAGAAUUACGACGACCGAUCAGUUAGAGAAAAAUUGCUAUGGAUGUGACGAAGCUGUUUUCCGAUUUGGAGUCCAACAACCUGGGCCUGGUGGAUGAGGCCAAGAAACGAUUCAACGAGCUAUUCAACAGCACGCGUGAAUCAUGGCUCCCGCACAGCAUGAUGGACUACUUUGGCCAGACGUCAUCGAUCCGCAUAGUGGACAUCCUGGUCAAGGUGCAGAAUCCACACGACAAGUUCAUCCUGGACAAGCUGACCGAAUGGAUCCGCAGCGGUUCGAACAAGAUGCUCGCCCUGACCCUGUUCGGGCACAUCAUCCAGAAGCGACCGACCUGGCUGCACAAGGUCGGCAAACACCAGCUGGUGAAUGAAGUGCUAAAACUGUCCAAGAUGGAGAGGGAAAUUAUUCCGCUGAUCAACGCUGUGCUGUGCAUCAUCGAUCUGCUGCCGGUGAUUCCGCUGGUCAUGGGCAUGUUCGUGCAGGACCUAUUCGAGAUAUUCAACUACCUGGCAACGUUCGAUCGGAACACUUCCGUCAGUCUGCCCGAGGAUCAGCUGAUCCAUUUGCAGUUUGGUCUGUAUGAGCUGUUCAAUCGGUUGUACGGAAUGUAUCCGUGUAACUUCGUGACGUUCCUAAAGCGGGAAUACCGAGGAGACAAGCAGGCAGUUUUCCAACAUACGAUUAAGCCGUUGUUGGACACGGUCAAGAUCCAUCCCCGGUUGGUGUCGUCGGAUAAGGACAGCGAAAUCAGUCAGAUUCGGUGGAAGAACAUGGAACCACACGAUGUGGUGAGCGAAUGCGCUCGAAUGUCGCUGGACUACAUGGAAAAGGCGCAGGAAGUUCAGAACCAGACCGUCAGCAGUGAGUGUCCUUGCUACGCGACACCAAUCAAACCGGUGGAGUUCAACGCCAUGACGGCGACGGUAGAUUUCCACUGGAAGGCCACCGUUAACUACUUCAACAAGAGCUCCACCGAUGACAAACUCAGCACCAUAGCAGUGCAAAAUUCGUUCUGGUCGCCGAGUAACAUGAUGCAACCGACGCCACCGCCAGGUUCGGGAACCGUUCCGCACACUCCCAACCCCACACCGAGCUAUACGAUUCCUUCGAUAUCGGGUCCACAUCUACCGGCGGCUGACGGUGCUUCCCCACCGGAAGCAGCCGUCGAAGCCACCCCGGAAACCACACCGAUGAAGGACAUCGUCAAGCCGGUUCGACCGUACCCGGUCAAUUCGAGCACGGUUCGAGCAAUGUGGAACACCAGCCAACCGUCGUCUCCGAUCAAGAAGGAAGCCAACCACUUCAGCUACGAGAAGAGUGUCAUCACGUCGCAGAAGCUGCUUCGGAUGGUGAACGAUCGGAACCACUCGGUGCUGCAGAUUACCAACUCCAACAACACAACGGCAACGUCGACUAGUAACAGUGUGCCUUCCAGUCCGCUGCCGAUCGAUCAACCGGCCUUCGAAAUUGCCCGCGCGUCGCAGUUGGUAUCGAACCUCAAACUCACCCCCGGAGGAACGGUCCUCACCAUGAACACCCGCUACGAUUCCCCCUCGAUCAUGCACCAGUCCGACUCGACCCAGGAAGAUCAGGAAGUUAACGAUAUCAACAGCCAUCUGCUGCAGGACCAGCAGAACCACCCGCCGCAGCUGAAUCCCCAAUCCCUGCCAGUCCAUCCCAUGAAGGAAGCCUUCGAUGCGGAGGACUUCGAACUGGAGGAAGGAUCACCCUGCUCGGCCGGUGGUUUGCAUUUCAAGAACUCCCAGUCGAUGAUCAACUUCACCCGACAUCGGUAUCGGAUGCAUAGUCAGUGUCUGGUGGAUUCGGAUCCGAGCUACAGUACCGGAACUUCCCCGGCCGAUACGAGCAACUAUAUGUUGAAGAAUAGUGUCGGGAUCAGUGCCACGCGGAGUGCGGCCGGGGAGGCAUUGAAGAGGCGCCAGCGAAGGCACUCGUUGCCGGAUUUGAAAAAGUACAGCCUAAGGAUAGAUCCGAAGACACUGGCCGGGGAUAGGCAGGAUCUGACGCUGGUGGAAACCAACGGAGAUGACAGCAGCAGCGGAAGCAGUCCCUCCGAAGAGGAGGCCAUUUCAGCGGCAACACACUUUCACAAGAAGCAAGAGCAAAAGACUGAGGAGCACAUUCGUAGAAAUAUGACGUUGUUCCAGGAGAUUCGCAAGAAUCUCACUAGCGUGGGUGGCCACAAGGGAGGAACACAGAACGGACCGACGACGGCUUCGCCAUUGGUGAGCAGCGGCACGCAAACGAUUGAGAACUAUCCGCAACCGUACGAGCAGAUCAUCUACGGUAUCCUGCAGGAGGAGCAAAAGUUCAAGACGGAUAUGGCGAUCAAGCGGCUGCAGGAAAAAGGCGAAACCGGAAUCCGGAUGGAUCCGAACGCAAUGCUUGACAAGUACAUCGAGCUGUGCGUUAAGAAGCGAAUGGAAAGUGGCGACCCACGGCGGAUAGAAGAACUGUACCGAGAUCAUAUCACCCUAUUAAAUUUGCAACUACAAUACGAGAAGCACCGGCGGGAGAUUCACGCCGAACGGAACCGGAGAUUGCUGGGAAAGAGCAGGGUGAUACGAGCAUUGGAACAAAACAAUGAAGCACUGAAGGACCAGGUUUCCAGACUGACCAAAGAGAUUAGCUCGCUGAAUACGGAACUGGCGGGACUGAGGCGGAAGACGAACAUGGAUUGGACCAAGAGUUCGGCCGAGGUGAUCGAGCUGAAGGAGCGCUACGCGGCGGAAACGCGAAAGAACAAGGACCUCCAGGUGAAGAUCAAGGAGCUGGAGAUGGCCCUGUCGGAUGAGUCACGGUCACGGAAGGAACAGACGACGGCUCUCGAGCUGGCACGGGGCGAGUUGUUUGAUCUAACGAACGAGAUGGAACAGGCACUGCAUAAAGCAGAUCUGGGACAGCAGUACCGAGAUGAGCUGACGCGGUUGCAGUGCGAGAUGAUUCUGAUGGGAGAAAUCCAGCUCAAGUGCAGGGAACGGCUUGCGGAACUGGACAGCUUGAAGGCUAGGGACACGGAGAUUGCAAUGAUUCAGGAAACGUACCUGGAUGAGGUGAAAGAUUUGAAAUUUAGUCUGGAAAUGAAAUCGGCUCAGUUGGACUCGGCCAAAGAACGAUUGACGGAGCUGGAGCAGCAGCUGAUGAAGCGUGACGAAACGAUAACCCUGCAGAAGCGUAUGCUGAAAACGGUCAAGGAAGAGCAUAAAGAGCAGUUUAAUGCACUCGAGCGCAAAUAUCAUGCACAAAAGGCAAUCGUAAUUAAAAUGGAGGAAGCGAUUCUGGAGCUACGGGUCAAUACCGAUGCCCGGUCGCCCGAUUCCGAUAGAACAGAUGCCGUCGGUUCGCUGGACCACACGUCGCCGCUGUCGAUUUCGCUGGCCUCGAGCGAGGGUCUGUCGGAGAUCAAGAACCUAGCCCUGGUGGUACAAUCCGGCGGAAGCAGCAACCUGAACAACAACAACCACGAGCUGGACUCUAAUCUGACAACGCCGACCAGUGCUGUGCCUCCUCCUCCGUUGGACAAUAAUAACGCGGCUGCCAUGGGGCUGAUGAUAGCCGCCGGUAGGCCACCAUUGCCUCCCUCUACCUUCGGUGGCCUGCAAUCCAAUGAUCCUUCAAGCAUUAUUCCCGGACCAAGUCAGCGGCUAUGAACUGUGGUGGUUUCCCCUUACGUCGCGGUAUUUUGCCUUGUUUCGUUCCCUGCUUACCUUCCUUACCUUAAUGCAUAUGCGCACCAGCCCAGGAGAAAAAUACCGUUUUCUAUUGUUUGUUAUCCUAUUGAAUUGAUUAUUGCGUUGAAAUCAAAACCUCUAGAGAAAAAAGAAGAAGAAAAAAUACAUUUCACCGAGUUCGAACUGAGAGAAAACGUUCGUGUUUCAGUAUCGUAAAGAUCGCUUUUUGUUUUUAUUAAAUUGAAUAUACUACAGCAGUGAAAAUUAAUAAAUUUCCAAAAUAGAAAGUUAAUUUGGACACCAUAUUGCGUCUAGGGGAAAAGAUGGCUUCGGCAAUAGCUUUACCUCAACCUAGUCGUUCAGCGCUUAAUUUUGGCCGAUGCGAUGCUCGGAGUCAUGAAGUAUCGUCGUGCAAUAAAUGGGCGCCCAAGUACCUUAUUUACCCCUCUGACGAUAAUAGGUAAAGGUACUGCCGAAGACGUAAUUUACCCUAUCUAUUUGGAGAAAAAUAAAUAAUGUAAACAUACUGACAAGACUGCACGGUGUCAUCGGAUAGGACUUACAUAGGUUGCCGUCGUUUGAAUUCUCAAAUUGGUCGCUAUUCGUGCCAGAGAUCGGUUUAAAUGAGUUACACAGAAAAGUAAGUAGAAUUAGUUUGUUGAUGAAGAUAAUUAUUCUAUUGAUGGCAAAGAAAGAA